CAGUAUUGCCUUCGAGGUGGUCGCGUGUACGUCUGUUGUCUUGCGCCUGCACGAACCACGAACCGUAUUUAAACUCAUCGUCUCUCGUGCGAGAUUUUCGCGAGUUCUUCCUCAUCUUUCGGCGAUUGGUUUGGAUAUUCAGGCAUCACGGAAGGAAGCUUCAAUCUGGCGUCUUCUGAUUAAGGCAUGGGAUAUUAAUGAGAGGUUUGGAGAGGAGGCGGGAUGAGGUUCAACAAGGCCGAGUUGGCCUCUCUGGCCUCACACCCUUCCCACCAGUUCGACAAGGAGGGCGUCUUGCUCCUGAGGGAGAAACACGAGGGAUUCUUUCGAAGGUCUGAAGGAGGAGGAGACGGUGUCGUAGCCAGAAGGAAGUCGGUCCCACUGAGGGAACUGAGCUGUGUGGCGCCCAACGCCCCAGUGAGUACGGAACGAUGGUGUAGACUUCGAGGAAAUCUUCUAUUUUACUUCAAGUCUCGUGACCAUUGGUCUGAACCAGCAGGAGUCAUUGUGUUGGAAAACUGUCAGGUUACUUUAGAUCAGUCAAAUGAGCCUCCAUUUGCCUUUAAUUUAGUAUUUGAAGGAGGAACACAACACUGUGCAGCAUUAUGUGAGGCUGAGAGAGAUUCUUGGAUAACUGCUAUUCACCAGGCCUCCUUUGCUUACAUGAGGUCUCAGGUGGAAUCCUUAAUGCAACAAGUAGCAGCCAAACAGUCAUCACUGCCAACAGACAUUCAUCGUCACCGCAUCAACACUGGAGUUACUUUAGGUGUGCACGGUAGGCGAUCCCCUCCUCUAGUAGAUGUAAAUGAACCUCCAUUCUUGGAAAUAUCAAUAUCAUGUGAUAACUUACGUUGUGAUGGUGAUGGACAACCUCCAUCCCCAAGAGUCACUGUUCAAGUCAUCAGUUCUCCACAGAAUUCAUGGAUUCACUAUGCUCAAACAGAAGUUAUUGAAAGGACCAGCAAUCCAAACUUCUUAUCAACAGUUAGUUUUAGAAAAAGCGAUGGCUUAGAUGCUAGUACUCAGGUGCGGUUGAGUGUUUAUGAUGUAAGAGAAAGAGUCACAAAUACUACCACACAACUUGGUCAAUCUACGGUGAGCCUCGGUAGUUUGCGUGAAACUGGUCGCUCACGCCUGAGUUUACAGUCUCCUUUAGGCCGUAAUGUUGGAUUUAUAACUAUAACUGCUUGGACAUUGGAGCCUGAGUCAGUAGAUGCUACAUCUCAUACCCCCGCAAUGCCACAUUCACCACACCAUCAGCCUGCAGCACCACCAACUGCGUGUCACCGACGAACUCAGUCACUGCCACCCCGUCUUAACACCAAGACUCGUCAUCCUACUCAAGGCCAUCUAAGUCUGCUGUAUGAUAACCCAACUAUGGCAACAUUCAGAUUUCAUUCUGGACUUGGUGGAGACAUUGCUGUUUUAGAAGUUAUGGCUGAGAGCAGAUACUGUUUUACGUUCCCCCAACAGCUGUUACGCCUGUGGAUAUCAGAGGAAAGAAGAUGGCAGGAAGAGUUGUCAUCCUUGGGUGAUCUUUCAGACCAGUGGCAUACUAGACAGAUGGCUCUGCUCAAUCAACAUGUUACUCUCAUUAAUAUUUAUAGUAUGGCUUUGGACACUUUAGAUGUGGCAGCCCAUUCAGGUUCUAGUUUCAAAAAGAGUAGUAGCAAAAAUGAAAUAUCCCUUGAAAUGGCACCAACAAACCUUCACCUACAGAGAUUGUGGUCACAGAAUGAGUCUUUAAGACGGUCAGGGUUUUAUGACAUCAUUACUGUUGGUGUAUUUAGUGCCUAUCCCCAUGGCUAUAAAAAUGGGGGACUAGUCAAUAUGCUUCAAAAGGCAAAAAGUUCCCGUCGUACACCUGGAGGAGGUGAUAAGGCUUGGGUGAGUUGGACUGCAGUAGAAGGUAUAAAGAGAUUGCGGCAAGAAGUAACAAGUUUAUUACGAUCAAUGUUGUUAUCCUUCCGCCAACAGGACACAGUAGCUCUUAAUAGUCUUCUUCCACAGUUACAGGAAAAAACCCGAGCCUUACUUAACAUUAUUGAGCCCUCUCUAGUGGAGGAGGCGUUUGAGUUCCUUGAUCAAAUACGUGUGCCACAGAAUCCUUCCAGAAUCCUUACCCUUGCAACACGUUGUUACUCUACAUACAACAUCGCAGGCUAUUUGAGUCCAGAAACAGCCUUAGAUAUGGAGCUCAUGACCCCAGAAAUCCCCACUGUGCCAUUAGGCAAUAAGCCUUUGAGUGAACAGCAAAGAGACGCAAUAAGCAAUGGUGCUAUUAUUGUUACGAAAGCCAAAGAAAUUGAUGUGAUGGAUGGACCAGAGAAUAGUAUAUACAGGCCAACUGAUGAACCUGAGCCUUGGGACUUGAUACAGCUCAAUGUUCAGGCCAGUGUUAUGUGUCUUACUAGUAAGGUAAAAAGUUUUUGUGGUAGGCUAGGGAAGACAAACUCAAAAAGUGAUGGGAAUACGGUUGUUGAAGAUAAAAGUGAAACAGCUGAUGAUCACAGAACUACAAAGAGUGUGACUAAUGGGUUAAAACAAAAAGAAGGUGGUUGUGUACAACAUGAGAAUGAAAGGUCAAGUCCCAUUAGAAAAAUAUCUAUAAGUGAGGCUCAAAAUAUUAGUGUGGUGUCUCAGAAUCAAACUUCCAUUUCAUCAUCAGUUGGUUCAGACUCUAGUCAUGUAUCUGGUCGUUCUGCUUCCUCUAGCUUAGGAGCAACAAGAACAAAUGAGAGUCAGGUGUCUUCUUGUACAGCAACACCAGAUGUGUCUCCUUGUGAGGAAGAUAGUGGCAUUGGCUUGGAACGUGGUAACAAUGAAGUUGAAAAAACAGACUGUUUAAGUGAAGGUGGUCUUUCUGUUGAUGAUGAAAAAAGAGAGGAACUUUUGCCUUUAGACAGAACAGAUUUGAAGCAGAGAGAUGAGGUCAUUCAGAAUGUUGACUCUCGUUUCAAUUGUGAUACAAGCAUUGUGAAGUCAGGCAAAUUAGAAUCUAUAAUGGAGCAGAGUAUAGAGGAUUUGGGUAGUAAUGGAGAGAGUGAAGUGAAGUCUGAUAAGAUUAAUCUUGAAGUAAUAGAAUCCCAAGGGGAAGUAAAGGAAGAUUCUAAUAAAAAGGACCCUUUCACUGAAGGAAAUAACAUUAAAAAUGCAAGCAAUGACAUCUGUGAGAAAAAUGAGAGAACAGAGAAUGAUUGUAAAGAAAAGAGUGAUACUGAAACUGCUGAAAAAGAUUUGGUAAAAAAGGCUAAUGAAGUUGUUACUGAAGUAGUGACUAAUGAUAAUGACCAUGUUGACUGGGUAGGUGAAGUUCGGCCAAGCAUGAAGAAGCUAAGACAAGCAAUGGAUGGCCUUAUGCGUACUGCCAGGCUGGUUCACAGUGUGUUCCGAUUACAGCAAACUCCAGAAGCAGCUCAGCAAGCUCACCUGAUUAAAUACAGAAGAGAUGUUUGUUUCUCACAAGCGUUGACAUCCCUGGUAACCAGCCUGAUGACACGACUUUGGUGCAGGAAAGCUGACCCAUUGUUUUUGACAGUUUUGGCUCAUUUAGGACCUCUGGCUGAAUUUGAGUGCCUUGUUUCAUGUCAUGGUAAUGAUGCUGGUAUGCUCAGUGAUAUGGUUGUAGCAGUUGAAGAUCUUGGUGCUGUUGAAUUUGUCAUGGUAUCUUCAAGUGGACCUCAGGUUGGAGGUCGUACUCGAAGUGAUGGAGCAGCUCCCCCACCAAACACUUAUGAAUUACCUACUCCUUGUGUCUCUGGAAACAGGUCUGGGCUGCGAGUUGUAUUACCUGUACCUGAACAUUUGUUAAGUUUGUUGCCAACUAAAAAUUCACAGCAACCAAAUGACCCACCCAGCUUUUGUGUGACACCUGUUCUCUUUAAUAUUGGGAUAAAUGAAGAGGCUAGUUUAGCUGAGAAAUUGGGGACUGAUGGCCCACAAACACGUAACAACUUGGACAGCUUUGAUAGGCUGUCCCAGUAUUAUCACCGAUUCAAGAAAUUACCAUUGCCUCAGGAAAAUACAAGAAGGCCUCCUGCUAUGAGUAGUGAUGUCCCUCUCAUGGACCUUAUAGAUAAACUUGGGCAAGAGAUUCAGUCACAAAGAAGCAAGAAUCCAAAUGUAUUACAUCUUGCAUCUCAGUGUUGUCGGGCUAUGGCAGGGUUACGUUUUAUUUCCUGUAAAAGUGGUAAGGAUCGUACUGGCAUGAGCGCUACUUUGGAGCAAGCAAGAAUAUUGGCAGCUGAGUAUGAUCUAUCAGAAACAGAGUUUCAGCGAGCUUUGAACUGUAUGAGAAGUGAAGGAACCAGAUUAGAAAAUUGUUAUAAGAAUAUUGGCAUUCGAAAAUUUGCCUUUUCAGCUUUGCAACUCAAGAUGUUUCCUAAACAGUACCGCCCACCCUCUGGUACAUAUGGAACUGCGCAAAGCUAAGGUAAUCUUUUUGUAACUGUUGUAAGCAGUUUUGGUGCUGAAAAUGGGGUUGUAGCAUGUGCAGCAACUUUGGAGAACAUUGAAACUCUUAUAAUAUUGUACUCAUAUACAUUUCACACUGAUCCAUAGAUGAUUAGGCAAUGUGCUCAGGAAAUGUUAUUGUAGUUAAUUACAAGAUAUGAACAUGUCUUAUGAUUUUGGACUUGGAUAGUUGUUUGGUGCAGUUAUCGUUUUGACACAGGAAGACAGUGGAAAGAUGAAUUUUCAUGCUUUGUAUUAUAUUGUAAUUAGCUCUUGAUAUUCAGAAUUUGUUGUAAGAAAGAGAUAUCUGAUGUAACCACAAUUAGGUUCAGUACAUGUUUUUACAUUCCUCAAACUAGUUUACUUUAGCAUAUUUCUUCUGGCUUAAACAUUUCUAUGCAUACUGGAAUCUACUGCUGCAGUACCUGCGGUAGAGGGAUAGCUUCAAGUGAAACUGGCAGUUUUGUUGCCACAUAGCCAUUGUGGAGGUCUUAUUUGUAAACUUUGUAAUUGCAGGUGUAUUGGUGUAGAUUUGCUCAUAAAUUUUGGAGAGAUGCAUGUAAUGCAUGAGGUGAUAUUGUAAAAUAAAAAACUUUAGUUUCUGUUAUGUAUGUUUAUAAUAUACAUUAUGUAUAUUGAUAUUUUGGUAGUUUAUUGAAUCUGUUAGCAAUUAGUUAGUAGUAUUUCUAAUUCCUGAUAUUGUUAUUGUGUUAAAUGAAAAUGUUAGGAAUUAGUAUUACGGUAUUUUAAACGUCUCUGGAAUGUAAAUAAGCAAUUUUGAGAUCGAUUAUUGUAAAAUAACUUAUAAAUAGAGUAGGUUUUCAUAUAACUUUUAAAUGACUGAUAUUUAUUCUCUUAUAAAAUGACAUUUUUCAUAUUUCUUUAUUUCAUAGGAAAAACUUGACUGGUUGAGUUUUGGCUUCACAUGAUAGGUUAUGUCCACAAGUUGUGUGAGACAUGACAUAAAAUAUAUGAUAGACUUGGUGGUACAGUACUUAGCUGAACAUCUACUGUUCUGGUUGAUGGGAAUAUUUUGACAGACCCAUUUUUUUUAUGCCCUUAAAUUAAACUGAAAUAAAUUUGUAGGCACUUUUAGCUGAUACAUAUGUGGUUAAGUUUAUUUCCUGGUUAGUUUUUUUUUUUUCUUAACACUGGUCAUCUUAGUUAUCUUUUUACUAAUUUAAUAUUUUCAGUGAAAAAAUUUUAUGCAUGAAGUAAUUCAUGUAACAUUACAAGUGUAUAAAGAAGUGUGCUUCAGAAGGUACAGCACUAAUUCGUCAGUAACACUGCAGAUCACAUAUGAACUCUGUGGAUUGCCAUGACUGAGCAUUUUCAGGGAAGUUUGAUGUAUACAUAUAAUUUUCUCUCUCUCUCUCUCUCUCUCUCUCUCUCUCUCUCUCUCUCUCUCUCUCUCUCUCUCUCUCUCUCUCUCUCUCUCUCAUAUUUGUGAUCAUGUUUGAGUAAAGGUUUUUAUCUCUGCUGCCUCAGGGCAUUUGAUAAUUGUUUACCCAUUUUAUGUAGAUAUGUAUCGUCUGUUGACUAUAUAGGGAUACCAUUGUUAUGAGAAUGUCAGGGGAUGGUGAAGUUUAUACAGAAAAGUAAUUUAGUCUUUACCCAUAAAUAUUUCAGUUAGUGAAGGGUGAAGUAAUUUUAAUUCUCAAAGUACCGUCAAAUAGUUUGUGCCAAUAUGAAGAUAUCAAUACAGUUUUCAGUAGUAACUAGCAAGGAAUUUUGUUAGCUAUACUAGAUUUGCAUAUGCAUCAUCUUUUGUACGUAGUUUCAGUGGAUUAUGCAUCCAUUUUAUAUAUUCUCUAGGUCUAAAAAGGUUUUGGGAUACCAGGAGAAGUAUUAGAUAAAAUUUACAUGAAAAUCAUGAGUAUUUAAAUUUUGCAGAGAGUAAACAUGACAAACAGAGCAGAAUUUGUUGAAAAAAUAAUGAAAUGGAAUCUGAGAAGAUAAAUGACAUGUGAUGAGCUUAAAGCUGAAGUUAGUGUACGAUAAUGAAAAGAAAUAAAAUGUAAAAUAUAUUAGUCAAAAUUGCUGAUUGAGUUAGACAUAGGGUCAAUAAGUAUAGCUAUUAAUACAGUAUUGUUAUAACUUCUUUGUAUCUGUAGAAGUACCAGCCUUAUUGUAUUUAUGUUAAAUAUAGUCCAGUACAACAUAUAUUUGCUAAAAGAUGAAUUAUUUAUCAAACAGAUUUGAGUCAUUUUACCAAUUUAGUAUUUUGCCUCCAGCGUGACCCCAUAUUUUGUACAUCAUAAAUGUCUCCCCACUUAGCAUCCACAGGCUUAGUUAUGAUUAUUUCAUUUUUGUUUAUUUAUUUCCUCACCUCCAGAUUGAAACCAGUGUUGUGGUUUUAUAUUUAUCAUAUCAGGAAGAGUAGUUGCAUUUUGACAAGCUUAAAUGGUAAACAAGCUAAAGCAAAAAAAAAAUAAAAAGAUGAGGAAUGUUUUUGUCAAGUUAAGGUUUGCACACAAGUUAAAUACUUUUGCUCCCUAUACCUACUAGGCAAUUACUUUUAAAAGUAAAUAAUUCAUUAUUUUAAUGUCAACCAUCUUCCUUUACUGUAUGCAAAGAAGGACAAUACGCAAACUUAAAGAUGAAAUUCACAGCUCCCACAACAUCAGACUCAAAGAAAAUGGUUUAUUGUGAAUCCCCAACCCCAUCAAAGUCAUGCAAGAAUGAUCAGUUUGUCACACUAUGGGUGGGAUAUAACAGUAUUGAGAUGAAAUGCCAGAUUUUGUAGACUAAAUAUCCUUAGUCUAGCAUCAUGUUUGAUGAAAAUAUGAUCACCUUGGAACCAGACAUCAGUCCUGCAAAAGUUUGCUUCAAACACGUUUAUGUAGAUUUUACUGUUUAUCUGACCCUCCACCAAAAAAAGAAAAAUAAAUGGUAUAUUUUUAAGAGAAUUAUCAUAGACCAAUUCACAUAAGUUAGAUUUAUCUUGAACCAAGCAAUAAGUUUCUUUGUAAUUGUCAUGAGGAUAAGAAUGGCAUGUUUUCAUAGAAACAAUGUUUUGAUGAGGUUUUAUGGCGCUUGUCAUUCAAUGACAAUAACUGAAUUUUCAGCACCAUUAACCUGGGAUUGGCGCUAUUAUUGCCAAUUUUCAGCUAUUGGUGAUUUUUGGUUAUCGUCAUGCCGCCAGGAACGGAACCCCCGCCAAUAACAAGGGACUGCCUGUAUACCAUAUUAAAUUUCUGAAUGAUGAUGAUGCAGUUCUGCAGUGGGUAUGAUGAAAUUCAACUUUCAUUUGAGUGAAUUACAUUGGGUCAUCCACUGACCAAUGUCAUCAGAUAAAUGAGAUCCAUGUGGGCAGACCUUGAUGUUGGGCCUGCUGAAUCUGCUUGCUUGGCUAGUAGUGGCUUCUCACUUGAGGAUGACAUUGCUGAAUUUAUAUGGUUUCCUCCUUAUAUCUCAUUCCUGUACUGUUGUGUUACAUGUUGGAUACAACAUAGGAUGAGAUGACUUCCCUUCAAAGAGUGAUAACAGUCUUAAGGAUGUCUGUUGCUUUGCAAAAAAAUGUCCUCUUGAGAUGAACUAGACUGCUUAUGUAUCAGCAAAAAAGAAAAGCUAAGUGGAGACUUCAGUUUACAGGAAUUACUGUGAGAAUUUUUCAAAGGAGUUUGGAGAAUAAUGAAUUGGCAUUUUAGAGAGUGCAGGGUUUAACUUGUAGACUCAUAUGUUUGACAAAAUAGAUAAACAAGUACUAGAUUCAGUAGACUAGUGUUGAAAUGAUCCACAAAUGGAAAGUAGACCUAAUGUAAAAAAGGGGAGAUUGAAAUAUGUGCAAGGGAAAAAUGUGACAAGUACAAGGUAUAGAAUUUUUCAAACUAGCCUCUGCUGGCCUUAAAGUCACUAAUAGCAAUGCUUGUUGUAGGCAUUUUCUCACUGAAAUCGGCAUGCAACUUCCUCCAACACUUUGCUAUGAGUUCUUUCUUAAAUUCUAUAGUGUUUCUCACCUUUUUUUACAGAAGGGCUAGCACUUGGAACUUUCUUUGGCCCCAUGAUGGCUUAUUUAGCAGUUGCACUCGAAUAAAAAGCACAAAAACAAUGAACACAAAAGCAGAAUGUCACGAAAAAAGAUGGAAUGCUUUGUUUAGGUGCUUGAUACAGGGGCUGGUCAUGCGCUGGGCCCCUGGAUGGAGUAUUUCCAAGUGUAUGAAAACCGAGGAAACUGUAUGAUAAUAAGACAAAAUUUUGUAGAAAAAAAGUCUACUAAAACCAAAACGCACGAAAAGAGAGGCGUACAAAAACCGAGGU